AUGAUGCAUAGAUAUUGUUUUGAAGCUCUCGAUAGGAGUCUAAGGGAUGUGCUACGGUCACCUACAGGAAUUUGUUCUUCAAAACCAUUUGGCGGUUUAGUCGUUGUCUUAGGUGGAGAUUUCAGACAAAUACUACCAGUUGUACCAAAUGGUAGCAGGCAUGAUAUUGUCCACGCUUCAAUAAGUUCUUCUAAACUUUGGAAUCAAUGCAAAGUUCUUAAAUUAACUAAGAACAUGCGAUUGCAGAAUUGCACAUCAGGAUCAGAGGCUGAAGAUACUAAGAACUUUGCAGAAUGGAUACUUAAUGUAGGGGAUGGUAUUGUUGGUGACACUUUUGAUGAUGGAGAAGCUGAAGUGAAAUUAUCAGAUGAUAUUCUUAUACAAAAUGCAGCUAAUCUAUUUAUUAUAUGA